UUGUGGUUAGGGGGGAUACAGAACCCACAAUCCUGUACAUGCCAGGAAAAUGCUCUACCAGAAAACUACAUUCCCAGUCUAACACGCACAUUUUAAAAGAAAACAUCGUUGUCAUUGCGAAAUCGCUCGCUCAGUGGACGCUUUGCUUCCCUUACUAACGUAAACACGGAACUGUGUCAGCCACGUGCCAACACAUCUCGCUGCAAUGUUUUGUGGUGCCACCCAGAGCACAAAGCCACCCUCGAGACAGCAAGGGUCUGACCCAGAUGUGACCAGAGCUGGCCUCCUGGCCGGUCAAGUCCAACGGAAGUCUCCGGAGUCCCGCCCGCUCGCCCACGUUCCCCGCUCGCCCCUCCCUCCAGCAGCACCACGUUUCCUGUCAAAACAAACGCUUGGGGGAGGGGACUGUCAGGGCAGAGCCCAGCGACCGAGAAACCCGGCAACAAGCCCCAAACACAGGCCGAGGUCCGGUCCGGCUGGGCUCCACCGCGGCUCGGCCCCACUCUCCGGGAUCGGGGGCAGCGGGGACGGCAUCACUGAGUGCCCGGAGCGUCUCGCGGCCCCAGCGCAGUCGCUGGCACGCACCCAAAGGGUUGUCAUCACGGCCCAGCGGACCCAGAGCAGCCUGGACACCGCCGCCACUGCGCCCCCACUUCAGAUCCCGAGUCGGGGGGAGCAAAUGCCCGGACUUCGGAGCCCUCCCACUGCCCUGAGGAGAAGCGGUCCCCGCAGAUCCCAUGGCCCCUCCCCUGGGAUGGGUUUACAUAGUGACGGCCGAGGACGGCUCGGAUUGAAAGCCGUUUGGACGGGAGAAGACAUACUCCCCCGGCUCACUGAUGGUACUAGAGAAUGGAUGGGAAAACAAGCCAAUAUUCGAGGGGGUUUGUGAUCGAGAGCACAGGGAAGAAAAGCAAGCUGACUAAUACGGACACUAGAAAACAAGGCACGGAAUGUUCAAACAGCA